AGACUCCUGUUCACAGUGGCUCCUCCUCUCCUUUGCCCUUGACACCCAGCAGGGAUUGCACUGGAGGGCUUUUCUCAGGGCUGGAAACCCAGAGGAACUACGAACUAAAUGAGGUUCUGAGCUGGAGACUGACACCAGAAAACUACCCUCAGAGUGACCAGCUUCCCCCUCCUUCUUACCUCUAUGGCGCUCAGCACCUGCUUCGGCUAUUUGUUAAACUUCCAGAAAUCUUGAGGAAGAUGCACAUACCAGAAAAGAACCUGAGGGCACUAGUGAAACACUUCGAGCUUUUCCUCAGGUUUUUGGCAGAGUUUCAUGAGGACUUCUUUCCAGAGUCUGCAUAUGUGUCUGCAACUGAAGCCCAUUACAGCAUGAAGCAACCACGCUCAGUCUUCUAAGAAUCCUUUACAGAGAGAGUUUAUAUUGUGCUGUGCUCUUCUGAACUUCUGGUCCUCCCCUGACACUGAAUGUUGAGCCUAUGUUCUUUCUACUUGCAAAUUCUAUAAAUUUCCCUGAAGUAUUUCACCUGUCCAUUUCUAAUUGUACAUUUGCAAUGUAUGACAAAAUUUUCUUGACAAUCUUUUUUUGUUAUUGUUUAUAGUUUUAUUUUAAAGCAUAUUGAAUUCAGUUGUGCAAAAUUAUCAUUUUCUUAUUUUCUAGUUUUUCUGUCAUAUGAAUCCACUAUUACCUCAAACUUCCUUAUUUUGCUUGUCCUUUCCCUCUCAUUCCUCUGCACGAACUUAAACAAGCAGUUGCGCAAAAGCAAGAGGUUUAUUGCACAUUUGCCACAUAAUUGUUGUAGUAACAUUGUAUUAAUAAUGCUUUUUUUUUUAAUUAUGAGCUCCACUGAUAAUUGCUUUGUGAGUCUUUCACUCACAAAAUAUAUUUCUUUUUUUGUAUAUUGCUGUAUAUAAAGUUUUCAGUGGUAAAAGGUUUCAUCUCUUUUCUUUCUGUGAAAAUAGGACAGGGCUGGGUUUUAACAAUAUUGGCCCCCCCCCCCCCAUUAUUUAUAAUAAUUAAGUUCAUUAUUCCCUUGUGUUCCUGUUUCUGUGUAUUCUAUGGUGUCUUGUAGUUUAUCUAUUAAAGCCAUAAUCACUUAUGGUGCUGAUUAAUUUCUCAAUACAUUAUUCAAACUUUUGUUUCCAGUGCUUAAAGGACUUUGAAACUUGUGAUUGGUAUGAGGAAAAUACUUGUUUUGUUGCAGCCUUUCACUGGCAUUAAUUUCACAUAUUGAAAAAACCUUAAAAAUAGGUAAACACUUCUGUGUAAACAUUAUGUGCAAAACUAUUUGAAGAUGUUAUUAUUUUUAUUACUGAAUUUGUAUUUCAAAAAUCUAAAUUAUCAUGCUCAUAGCUUUUUCAACAUCUGUGAUGACAGACAAGGUUGUGCCCCAUUUUUUAUUUAAAGUAGCGUUUGCGGCCUUGUU